UAUCCGAAUAUACCAUUUACAACUUCAAAAACUGACAAUGUUAUAAAUUACCAGCUAACAUUGUCCUCGAGAAUAUUUCAGGUUCACUACCAAAACAUCACUUUCGUGUCGUUGUAAAAAAAAAGAGAACUCAAAAGGAGAAAGGGCCUCGUUUCCUACUCGUACACAAGUACUCGUAUCCAAAUCAGACCACAUUCUCCAUAUCUCCAUCAAGAGACACAAAUAUUCUUGCACACACGAACUUCUUGACGACUCCGGUAGAGAUUGGAUAUUUUGUAAAGGAUUCACACCUUUAUGCUUCGAACUCUUCUUCUACCCGGAAGGACCAUCAAACCAAUUCUUACCGCGAGAAAGUUGUUUACCAAGAUGUCAUUAAAGGUGAGUUGAUGGUCUCUAAAUAUGCUCUCAAAGACAUUUUGAAGUUGUAUGGUGUAUCAUGGCACGACCAAAGUCUUGGGCACAUCAACCGUCACACACUCCUUUCUCUUGUGCAUGUGUGUUCAAAAGUACCAAGAACAAUUUUCACAAGAAAUACAACACGUACUACUAUGAUCUACCAUUGGUGACAAACAGGACUAACAUUCUCUCGACACGAUUUUACAGACGCUCGGACCGAAACCGGCCGCCGAGCUGGACAAAGAACUCAUGAGUGAAGAAGGAGGAUUCUCAAUCGAUCAAUUGAUGGAACUUGCUGGUCUCAGUGUAUCACAGGCAGUAUACAAGGUUCAUCCUCCAUCUCAAGGCAAAAACAUCCUUGUAGCAUGUGGUCCUGGUAAUAAUGGCGGCGACGGCCUAGUCUGUGCCCGACACCUCUACCACUACGGUUACACCCCCAAGGUUUACUAUCCGAAACCGACCGACGCUCCCAUCUUUGUCGGUCUCCAGAGACAACUUGGUCACCUACACAUUCCAUUCCUCACCACGCCGGAAGAAUUUGCUUCGACUUUGGGAACCACGGACCUGAUCGUCGACGCACUUUUCGGGUUCAGUUUCCACCCUCCGGUCCGAGCUCCGUUCGACGCCGUCCUCACCUCCAUCAUCGACUCGUCUCGUCCGGUCUUGUCGGUCGACAUCCCUUCCAGUUGGGACGUCGCCGGAGGUCCACCGUCCGGCGGCGACCAAGUGGGUCACAACUUCAUGCCCGAGUACCUCGUCAGUUUGACGGCCGCCAAACCUUGCGUGAGACACUACAAGGGCCGGAGACACUUUGUCGGUGGACGUUUCCUGAGUCGGGACGUCGCGACCAAGUACGGCCUCGACGUGCCAGACUACAAAGGGGUGGAUCAGAUCGCGGAAGUCCCCGUCGACGUCAAGGUCGAGGAAAGAUUGUGAAACCAAAAAAAAAACAAAGAGGGUUUUACCAUGGAAACAGAGAAAAUGUCAAAGUCGUGACUAGUUCGUGCUUGUAUGGAGACCGGAUCGGAAAGGAAUUAAAUAGUCGGUGAAUCACACACAUAUACAUCGUGUCACUCGUGGUGGACGCCAGCGUCGACAACACACUCACCUCCUCGUUUCGAAUCUCGUCAUGGUUUUCUCAUGCAUACCGUACAAGUACUUAGUGAGGGAGUACACGCAAAUAUGUCAUGUCAAGAAUAGUAAAAAAUACUAACAACACACAAACAAGAUAAAUUACUACUAUCACAAUCUGUAUAACCU